GUCGGCCUGUACCUAUACUCUAUGCCCUUGCCAUAGAUCUCCACGUGACAAAUUGCGUAUUAUAUAAUACCGAGAACCGGCAUCCCCAAUAGUCAUGUGACCACGAAAGUUCUGUUUUGGGUGCCGACUCCGAUGAUGUCUCUCCUCUGCAACUCCUUCAAUUAACACGGUUUCUCUUUUUUAUUUUUUAAUACCUUUCUCUUUUCCCUCAGAUAAUCUCUUCCUAAGCCCCAACCCCCACCAUGCUCCAGAGAUUACUCCUUAGACAAGGCCUGGCUGCCCGGUCUGCGGUCUCCCGCUGCUCUUCCGCAGCUCCAUCGGCUCUCAGACGCACGUCACAAUUGCAACCACGAGCUUUCCAGAACAUCCGACCACUAGCUCCCCAGCAAGCGUAUAGAUGCUACUCGACAGAGAAACCGACUGAGAAGAAUGAGAAACCUGAUGCGGAGAAAUCGGGGGGCUCUGAACUUGCUGAGGAACUCUCCGCUGAGGAAGGCCUCCGCAAGGAGCUUGAAAAGAAGGAAAAGGAAAUUGUUGAUCUGAAGGAUAAAUAUGUUCGUUCCGUUGCGGAUUUCCUCAACCUCCAGGAACGCACGAAACGUGAUAUGGAAAAUGCCCGUAACUUUGCUAUCCAACGAUUUGCCGUCGACCUCCUGGAGAGUAUUGACAACUUUGAUCGGGCUCUCCUGGCCGUGCCAAAUGAGAAGAUUGACUCUCCCCAGUCCGACGAGAAUAAGGAAUUCGUGGAUCUUGUAUCCGGCUUGAAGAUGACCCAGCACAUCUUGAUGAAUACCCUGCAGAAGCAUGGACUGGAAAGAUUCGACCCCAGCGAGCCGGCUGAGAACGGCAAGCCGCAGAAGUUCGACCCCAAUGUGCAUGAGGCCACAUUCAUGUCCAAGGCCGAGGGUAUGGAAGAUGGUGAUAUCAUGUACACUCAGAGCAAGGGCUUCAAGCUCAAUGGGCGCAUACUCAGGGCUGCCAAGGUCGGCGUCGUCAAGAAUAAUUAGACAAAUCCCUUGUAUUGUCAUACCGCUUCGAAAAUUUUCCAACCUCUCUAAUUUUUUAACCCUUCUAUCUUCCAUCUUGAUCUUCACCCGCACUGUAUAAUAUAGGGAGCAAACUGUUAUGACAGGGGGCAUAUUGCUUGGCACUAAAAAGUAAAAGAUUUCGAUAUGCGGAGCGUGGGCAUAGGAUUUCAUUUCAUCUGACAAUGUUUCUGCAGUUUGCUUCUACUUACUGUCUUUAUGUCCAUGAAUCAUCAUGUAUGAUGCACUUUUCUUCCUUGUCUCAUGAUUUCUUUGUUUCUGUUUUUUGUUUAUCCUUUUUGGAAUGAACCUCUCCUCUCGACUGUAUAGUAUACUAGCACAUUUUCUCCAUGGCGGGUGUUUGCUCUUUUUGCCUUUCUUGCUCUCCACGGGAUACAAAUCGGAAUUUUUUUUUAAAAAAAAAUAUUGAUUGAUAAAGAGGGAAAU